AUGUCAAGUCCAGCAGAUUUUGAGACUGCUCCCGAUGAGUUUGUUGAUAACUUAGGGAGCAAUGCAGACAACAAUGUAAAUAAGGAUACCCCUGCGAUUGACGUGCCAGCUGUGAGCUCAAAAUUCGAAGAGAGAGCCGCUGAUGUAGUGGAAAAUACUGCCGAGACUAAGCAAAAGAAGGAGGAGGAUGAAUCAGCUGGAAAAACAGUCGAGGAAAGCAGUGGUACCGGUGUGGAGAGUGCUGGAGGUGUGACGGUGCAUGAAGAAGAAACUGGCGUUGAUGUGCCAGAACAGACUCUGUUCAAAGGGUUUUCGUUUUAUUUGAAUCGUGAUGCGUCGGCUUACGAUUCAAUGAAUGAUGCUGAUCAAUUGAGUCGUCUUAUUGAAGCUAAUGGGGGUAAAACGUUAAGCGAACAGCCACAGGUGGGCUCCGAUAUCACAAGCGUGUUUGUCGUGUCGCCCUAUAAUGAUACUAAACUGCCAACUGUGACGCCGACCUACAUCAGAGCAUGCUGUCAAAACAGCACUUUGCUGAAAAUAGAGAAUUAUCUUGUUCCUUUCGAUGAGUUUCGGUCUGUUAUAGAUACACAGUUGCACGAAGAACAUGGUAAUGUCAAGCAGGGGUAUGAAAACGAGGAAGUUUUCGACGACCCAUCCCUGCAGAACAACGACGUCAACGCCAUAGAAAGUAAAGUAGAUGCCUCUGAUGAGCAAAAGUUGAAGUCAGGUAAUGAUCAAGUACAGCAUUCACCAUUAGGAACAGGUGUAGCAGUUAAUAUUCCGAAUACAAAUACAAAUACAGGGCUGGCACCUGAACAACAGUCGCAAGCAGAUCAUGAAUCAAAGAAAGAUGCCGAACCUUUAGUAGAGAUGGAAGAUCAGAUUCCUUCAAAGAUUUCCGACAGUCAGCUUGUUCCCGGCGUGCCACAGGAAUCUUAUCAGCUACCACACGCGGGGGUUCAGCAACAAAUGGUACGUAAAGAAGGGGACAACGCCUUCGAUUCCACUAGAACAAUGCUUGCGAGGGCGAAUAUGCCAACGCAUAACAAAGCAUCCUUUACAGAGGCUGAGGAUGAAUUUAUUUUGGAUGUUGUGAGAAAGAAUCCUACAAGAAGAACCACACAUACUUUGUAUGAUGAAAUUUCACAUUACGUGCCAAAUCAUACGGGCAAUUCUAUUAGACAUCGUUUUCGUGUGUACCUCUCAAAGAGACUGGAAUUUGUUUACGAAGUUGAUAAAUACGGUAAAUUGAUUCGUGAUGAUAACGGUAAUUUAAUCAAAACAAAAAUUUUACCACCAUCAAUCAAAAAAAAAUUUACUGCGGAUGAGGAUUACUCUUUAGCGAUUGGAAUCAAGAAACAAUUUUACCGUGAUUUGUAUCAAAUUGACCCAGACACUGGUGUUUCUUUGAUUACUGAUGAGGAUAGCCCCACAGCGAUUGCUAAGAGAAAUAUGACCAUGGACCCAAAUCACGUUCCGGGAACGGAGCCUAGUUUUACAGAUUAUCGUGUCAACGAUAGAAGAGGCCCUAUUGCAAGAGAAUUUUUCAAACAAUUUGGGGAGUCGCACUCAACACAUACUGAAAAUGCUUGGCGAGAUAGAUUUAGGAAAUUUUUACUAGCGUAUGGUAUCGACAACUACAUUGAAUACUAUGAAGGUGAAAAGAAUGAAGGAAAUAUACCAGAACCAAUGAAAAAUUUAACUAAUAGGGUAAAAAGGCCCGGAAUCCCAACACCCGGCAACUACAAUUCAGCUGCUAAAAGAGCUAGAAUAUAUGGGUCAGAGAAACCUAAUCAAUCUGGAACAACAUCUGCUGCAGUAACCGCUGCUACGUCGGCUGUCGCAGCUGCCUCUGGAAAUACCGCUGGUCAAUUAGAAUCUGGCCAUGGACAUUAUGCUGUUCCUGAAAGUGAAUUGCUGGACGAAGAUACCAUGAAUUUCAUUUCCAGCAUAAGGAAUGACUUAAAUAAAUUUGACAAUAGCAUUCCUUUUGAGUAUCCGCAAGAGAUCGCAGAAGCCAUUCGUAACGAUUUCUCCAAUGAGGAAGCUGAAUUUGAUAACAUCGAUCCAGAUUCUAUACCAUUUCCGCCAGAAAUUGCAAGUAUCGAUCUUUUCUUACCACAAUUUUUUCGCAUGUCUAGUACAAGAGAGUUUUUGGAGAAGGUUCACGAAGUAAUUUCGAGAGAUUACGAACCCUCGCAAGCUGAAAAAUUAGUACAGGACCUUUGUGAUGAAGCGGGCGUGCGGAAGACCUUCAGCACUAGCAUAUUAACUGCCCUAUCCGGAGACUUAAUGGUGUUCCCACGCUAUUUUUUGAACAUGUUCAAACAUAAUAUGAAUCCUCCAUCAAACGUACCGGGUAUUUGGACAAGGGAAGAUGAUAGGAUGCUAAGGGCCAAUAAGGAAGACGGCAUAAAUGAACUGACGAAAAGGCAUGGUACAGGCCGGCUGGAAAUGAGAAGAAAAUUUGUGGAAAAGGAUUUAAUUUAA